AUGGCAUUUGUUAUUCUACAACUUCCAAGUAUGGUGCCGACAAUUACUAUUAAUCUAUGGAAUGCUGGUAUUGUUAAACCAACACAAUAUGCUAAAAAGUGCCUAUUAAUCUAUGCUAAUAUAUCGAAUGUCUUAUUAAUUAUUAAUGCUGCAAUGAAUUUUGUUUUCUAUUCUUUAUUUUCAGCUAAAUUUCGUCAAACAUGCUGUUUACUAUUACAGAAUAUAACCUGUUUAAAACAAUAUUAUAAAAAUAAAUCAUCAAAUCUUAACUCAAAUCAACAAAUUGAUAAAAACUUAAAUUGUUGUAGAUUUAAUAAAGUUAAAAGAAAGUCAAAGGAAAAGGAUACACUUACAAUAACAUAA